AUGUCGUGGCUUUGCGACGCUGGCGGUGGUGUCUUGUUGCUUCGUGGAGGCAGCGGGUCCAAUCUGUCAUUGCUGAUUACCUGGGCAGCAUUUGUCUCCAGCACCUCGUUUUCUUCUGCUGAUGUGGCCUGUAUGGGUGUAGUAGGGCAUGCCCAUGGCCAGAUCUACUGGGGCAGUGAUAUACCGUAUUGCGGCUCAUGCGGGUAUCAGAAGAACAACGACUACUGGCACUGGAAGAAUGUCCGAGAUUGGGAUAUUGUCCAGUCAGGUGAGGAUGAUGAGCGGGGGCAACAGUUUCCAGUAUUCUACGAUCAGGGCUCCCUUAUCGGUCAGAUUCAGGUCUACAAGAAGGGGGCAAGAGCCAACACAUACAGCGUCAUAAGUAGUGGAAGCGGUUGGUUCAACCAUGCGGGUGGCCGCAUGAAGAUCCUGGUUGACUGCAGCUGGCCGAAUCUGAACGAUGAUGACCAGAAGAAGCUCUGGCGACGCGUAGUCGAAUUUACAGACCCAGAAGGCCUCCGGCAAGCUCUGGAAAUCGGCUACAGCGCACCUAACAGAAUUACUAGCUGCCUCAAUCCCUCAAGGAAGCAACAGAAGCAGACUCCCACACCACGUGUGACAAGUCCAAACACACUUCAGCAAAGGAAGAGAUUUUCUGCUCCGUCAACCUCGAAGCAGCUUGAACACAACGCGUCCACCACUAUCUUCCCCAGUGCUCUCGUCCACGAGCCGCAAUCGAAGAAGGCAAAGAAGAAAACCACAGAAGACAUGAUGGAGAGAGUAAAGAAGGCAGAGCAGAAGGCAGAAGAAGAAGGAGCAGACAACUCUGAAGUAAAUGAAGAUGAAGCAGAGAGCCCUGACAUCAUGGUGGAGGAAGAUAUGGACGACGUUACCAGUGACGGUGGUGGCAUCACCUGGGACUCGAUUGCACGUCUUAACAGUUACAGUUCUCCAUGGUGAGGGGUUUCAGGAAGCAGGUGAUCAUGCAUUCGUGGAGGGAGAGAGGAAAGAGCACAGCCGUAGAAGGUACCAGGUUGAAGCAGGG